ACGCUCAGGGACGGGAUGCAAGAUGGCUGACCUGAGCAACAUCCAGUCCGCAGCUUCCAAGAGUAUCCGGCCUUUCCGGUCCAGUGAGGAGUAUCUCUACGCCAUGAAGGAGGACCUGGCUGAGUGGCUCAACAUCCUCUAUGGCUGGGAUGUCCAGGUGGAGAAUUUCAUGGAGACCCUGGAGACCGGGUGUGAUCUCUGCCAACAUGCCAACAAUGUCAACCGCAUUGCUCUGGAGUUCCAGCAACAGCACCCAGAAGUUGCUGCCUGCAUGAGGGUGCCCCAGAAUGAGGUUGUCUACCAGGCCAAGAAUGUGGUGCCCGGCUCCUUCAUCGCCAGGGACAACGUCUCAAAUUUCAUCCAGUGGUGCCGGCAGGACCUGGGCAUCCAGGACGUGCUGAUGUUCGAAACCAAUGACCUGGUGCUGAAGAAGAAUGAGAAGAACUUCGUCCUGUGCCUUCUAGAGGUCGCUAGGAGAGGCUCCAAGUUUGGGAUGCUGGCCCCCAUGCUGAUCCAGAUGGAGCAGGAGAUUGAGGAGGAAAUGAGGGAUCAGAUCGCCUAUGGGGGGCUGGAAACCCAGGAGGAUAGCCAAGACCUGGGCCCUGAGUCACCUGUCUACCCUAGCAGGGUGCAGAGAAUCUCCUUGUGUGACCUCAAGAACCUGGAUGAGCUGGUGAGAGACUGUUCCAUUUUGUUGGUAUCUUGUGCCCCCAAGUAA